AUGCCUCUCGACACGUCUACAACAUAUCCUCUCACGAAGUUGCGCCUCGAUGGCCGCCGCUGGAACGAGCUCCGACUCCUUUCCGCCCAGAUUUCCACGAACCCCGCCAGUUCUGGGUCGUCCUUCUUGUCCAUGGGAAAUACAUCUAUCAUGUGCUCUGUUCACGGUCCGGCAGAAGGCAAGAGAGGAGAUGCGACAGGAGGAGCCGCGGGUUCUGCGGGGGCUAUCGUCGAGGUGGAUGUCAACGUUGCCGGGUUUGCAGGCGUCGACCGCAAGAGACGGGCGGGAGGAAGCGACAGGCAAUCCUCGCGAAUUGCGACGAUAUUGCGCUCUGCCUUCCAGUCGCAUCUUCACACCCACCUCUAUCCGCACAGCACAAUAAGCAUUCAUGUCUCUGUCCUAUCAUCCGACGGAUCACUUCUCGCGGCAGCUGUCAAUGCCUGCACACUGGCGCUCGUGGAUGCAGGUAUCCCAAUGCCGGGUCUUCUUUCUGCCUGCACAUCCGGCAUGAGCGGCAGUGCCUCGACGCCACGUGACCCUCGAAACGACUUCUUGGAUCCUCUUCUGGACCUAUCAUUGCCCGAAGAGCAGGAGCUUCCGUUCUUGACAGUGGGGACAACGACCGCCAUCCCCGUGGGUGAAGAUGCGAUGGACGACGAUGAAGACGACAUGAAGGUUUCUAUGCUGGUGAUGGACUCCAAGGUUCACUGCACAUAUCUUGAGACGAUGCUUGCUGUCGGAAUUGAUGGAUGCAAGCAAAUCCGCGAGAUCUUAGAAGGAGUCAUUAAAGGAUCGAGCCGGGGAGUAUAG